UUCAAUGUUGAUAUUUACAAAAAAUAGUUUCAAAGUAGAAAAUUUUCCCAUAAAAGAUACGAAUCAUCAAAAUAAUCGAUCUAUUUUUCAACCAAGUCAACGGAAUGAUAAUAAUAAUAAUUGGUUAAUUAAACAAUCGUUAUAUAUGCAGAUGUCUGAGGGACAAAUGUUAAAUUAUGAAGAAAUAUUGAAUCAUCUUGCUAAAUAUGAUGAAUUAAUAGAAGUUCGUGAAGAAGGUGCUGAAAUUAAAGAAUACUUGGAUUCUUUAACUGAAGAUCAAAGGCAAGAGUUUUACCCAACUGUUGAUGAAUUCUUACGGAAGUUACAAUCUGAAGAAAAAGUAAAAGACCAAGAUACCGAAAUGGAUGAUGAGAUUGUUGACAACAAAACUGAGGAACAACUAAAAAAUUUAAAAAUUAAGUCAAGGGAAAAGAGCUAUGAAAGGCCAGGAUUUGAAGGUCGUCAUUUACCAAAAUUAAUACAGAUGCUUGAACGUGGAACUACUGAUAAACUACCAAAGAAAUUCAAACGUAAGUUAGGGAAAAGGCAAAUAAAUCCUAGAGCUAAUUGUAACAUCAGAAAAUAUGUUGCAACUCACGGGUUUCAACCUUCUCCUAUGCUUAACGAAGAUGAU